AACGAAUUUUGCCAUCCUUAAGCCCUCCAACAAAUAAUCUAAUAAACCCAAGUGAACGUAGACCUAAACUGACAAUUUUUUCUCUUCAGCCGCUCGCUCUGCUUGUAAAUUACUUCCAUGGCUGCCAAAAAGAAAGUGAAGAAAUCGAAGAAAGAAGUGACCCAUGAAGAGGGUUUUGAAGAAAAAAUACAAGAUGAAGAAGAUAUAAGUAAUGAUUCUCCAAAGUCAGCAAAAGAGCAUGCUUUGCAAUUACAAAGACUCCAAGAAAAGGACCCUGAAUUUUAUGAGUUCUUGAAAGAGCAUGACAAAGACCUGCUAGACUUUGAUGCAGAAGAUGAUGAUGAAGAAGAUGAGGAUGCCGAAACUGAUAUUAAUGGUGAGGAGAUGCAAGAUGACGAGGAUGAGCAGGAGAAUAUUGAAACUGAUAUUGAUGGCGAGGAAAUGGAAGAUGAUGAGGAACAUGGGACUACUGUUAAAGACAAGGAAGUUAAAACUUCUAGAACAGUUAUAACUAGUGCAAUGGUUGAUACUUGGUGUACCGCCAUUAAAGAAAACUCUAGCUUAGGUGCGGUGCGCUCUCUUAUGAAAGCUUUCCGUACUGCAUGCCAUUAUGGUGAUGAUGGCGGGAAUGAUGAUUUAUCGAAGUUAAGUGUCAUGCCUAGCCAUGUUUUUAACAAAAUAAUGUUGUUUGUUUUAAAUGAAAUGGACGGGGUUCUUCGAGGAUUAUUGAGCCUCCCUUCUUCCGGUGGAAAGAAGGAAACUGUAUUAGAUGUGGUUCACACAAGACAGUGGAAGAAUCACAAUCACUUGGUGAAGUCCUAUCUUGGAAAUGCUUUACAUGUUUUAAACCAAAUGACUGACACGGAAAUGAUAUCAUUUACAUUAAAGCGUCUAAGAUAUUCAACAAUUUUUUUGGCCGCUUUCCCAAGUCUAUUGAGGAAGUAUAUAAAGGUGGGUCUUCACUUCUGGGGAACUGGGGGAGGUGCACUGCCAGUUGUCUCCUUUUUGUUUCUGAGAGACUUAUGUGUUCGUAUUGGUUCUGAUUGCGUAGAUGACUGCUUUAAGGGUAUAUACAAAGCAUAUGUACUGAAUUGUCAGUUUGUGAAUGCAAAGAAGUUGCAGCACAUCCAGUUUCUUGGGAAUUGUGUCAUUGAGAUUUUUCGGGUUGACCUUUCUGCCGCAUAUCAGCAUGCCUUUCUUUUCAUCAGGCAAUUGGCAAUGAUCUUAAAGGAGGCAUUAACUAUGAAAACAAAGGAAUCAUUCAGAAAGGUUUACGAGUGGAAGUAUAUAAACUGCCUCGAACUUUGGACAGGAGCUAUUUGUGCUUACAGUUCAGAAGCCGAGUUCAGCCCCCUAGCAUAUCCUUUAACUCAGAUAAUUUCUGGUGUUGCUCGUUUGGUCCCAACUGCUCGUUAUUUUCCCCUCAGAUUGCGUUGUGCUAGGAUGCUCAACCGUAUAGCUGGUUCAACUGGUACCUUUAUUCCAGUUGCUCUGCUACUUCUUGACAUGCUGGAUAUGAAAGAAUUCAAUAGGCCCCCUGCAGGAGGUGUUGGCAAGUCUUUAGAUUUGCGAACUGUGCUAAAGGUAAGCAAACCAAUAUUAAAGACAAGAUCAUUUCAGGAGGCAUGUGUCAAUACUGUGAUUGAAGAGCUUACUGAACAUUUAGCUCAAUGGAGCUAUUCUAUUGCUUUCUUUGAAUUAUCGUUCGUUCCUGCUGUGCGGUUACGUAACUUCUGCAAAUCUACAAAAGUUGAUAGGUUUCGGCGAGAAAUGAGGCACCUAAUUCGUCAGAUCGAGGCUAAUUCUGAGUAUACCAAUGUGAAACGCAUGUCAGUCUCAAUUCUACCGAAUGAUCCUGCUGCAUCAUUAAUCCUUGAGGAUGAGAAAAAGUCAGGUUCAAGUCCUCUGUCACAAUAUGCUGCCAUUAUACGACAGAAAGCAAAGCAAAAGAGAGACUCAUUGACAGAGACCAGUGUAAUUGUUGGUGAAGACUCGGCUAUCUUCGGAAGUGAGCUGCCGGGUAAUGACGACGAUGAUGGCGAAGAUGGUGAUGAUGAAAGAGAUCAAGAAGGCGGCGCUGUCUUCAAUUCCUCUUCCUGGUUACCUGGACGCGAUUCCAAAGCUGAAGUAGCAAAAGAAGAUAAAAAGAAAAGAAAGAAAAGAAAAAACAGGGAAACAGAGUUCCAGGAAGCUAUCGAUGAAGAUGUUGUGGAAGAGUUGAUUAUUAGUUCAGAUGAAGAUGAGGGUUCCAUGAGUGAUUCUCCUUCUAACGAAAAUGAUGUCGAAGCUGAACCACCGUCCAAAAACAAGAGAAGUGCACAGCAAAAGCCAACAGGCAAGUUCUCAAAAAAGAAAGCACAAUUUAACCCGGAGAAAUCAAAAAAGAGGAAGAAAGCACAAUUUAACAUUGAGAAAUCAAAGAAGAGGAAGAAAGCAAAUUAACAAGUCAUGGCCUUCAUAUAAUUUUCUUCUAUUUUUUUUUUGACGAUUCUAUUUAUAGUAUAUUUGUAACGGAAUUUUCAAUCAACCACCAGUUUUGUCUGCUGCAAGGGUCCUAAAACGUCAUUUAGGGUUGGAAGUUCACGGUAGUAUUUUUGUCUUUUCAUUUGGAAUCUAUAAGAAUUUUUGUUGCUCCAAGAAUUUGAGUCAUUUUUUAUUAAA